AUGGUGAGAACGCUGAUUGAUCCUGGUCGACAACAGAAAGACUGGGACGAGCAGCUUCCUUUUGCUAUGUUGGCUUAUCGUUCUUCCAUACAGGAAUCCACAGGGGAAUCGCCUGCUAUGAUGAUGUUAGGCCAUGAGAUCUCUCUACCUGUAGACCUCCUUAUACCAUCUGAUCAACCAGAGGAAGAAAAUGCAGAUUAUGCUGAACAACUUCGAAGCCACAUCCAUGAUGUUCAUCACCGUGCUAGGAACAAGUUGAAAUUAUCUGGAGCUAAGCAAUCCAAAACUUAUGACAGGAAUACCCAGUUGAAUGUGUAUAAUGUAGGAGACUGGGUCUGGCUAUCUGGUGUGCAGAGGAAAAAGGGAAUCUGUCCAAAACUAGAGUAUAAGUGGGAAGGACCAUAUCUUGUAACUCAUCGACUUUCUGAUGUGGUGUAUAGGAUUCAGAGGUCUGAAAAGUUUUUUAUGAACAGAAUGAUGAUUAUCUGUCAUCACUGCACAGCGGGGUUUACAACCCGAACGGCAUAUCACACCCAUCUGGAGAACUCCCAUAAUAUCCCACUAACAUUGAAGUGUGAGUUUUGCUCAUACGAAACUGAGUUUCAAGGGGCGAUGAAGCGUCAUUACGGCAAGAAAGAAGGGAGAAGAGCUAACGAGGUACGAAGUUGUGAGCUGACGGAGGCUAGCGAGCGCUAUCUGACUAGGAGAAGAAAGCGCCUCGAACGAAAGGAGAUCCUUCGGAAAAGUCGUGCCGGGGAAGAGCUAGCAAAGGAGGCCAGAGAGAAGGAGAAGAGGAUCCCUCCCCUCACAAUAAGCACAGAUGGGAUAAGUCUACAUGGUGAUGAUGAUUUAGAAGUAACUCCACCAGCUCAUGAGGAAGACGUCUUAAGUACCUCCAUCGAGCCUGUCACAGUCAGUGUGGAGGAAGAGUCUGAAAGUGAACCCACCGAACCAGAAGAAAUGCAGGUAGAAGAGACACCAGACCUUCCAGUCGCUAUCGACGAUGAUGAAAGUCAAACUACAUGUACAUCUCUGACCGUGGAGUAG